AUGCUAUUUGUCACAAACAAUGACACCGUCUAUGGAUUGGGUGCUAAUGGUUAUGGAUAUCUGGGUUUUGGUCAUAACAUGGAUGUAAAAACACCACUAAUUAUACGGGAAUUGUGUGGACAACGGAUCCAACAGUUUAUCAAUGGCGGGGACUUUGUGUUGGCUAUAAAUGAGGACAACCAUGUGUUAAGUUGGGGACACAAUCAUAGGGGACAGUGUGCUAGAGAUUUGACACCAAAAGGGGUUUAUUUAAAACCACAACUAAUAUCACAAUUAAAUGACAAGAAUAUCGCAUAUAUUUGUUGUGGUGCUUUGCAUUCCCUGGCGCUCACUACCGAUGGAAAGGCGUACGGUUGGGGCGACAAUACUUGCGGACAAAUAGGAUGUGGGUACUUUAAUACUUGGGGACAAAUAGUACUUAUAACAAAAUUGGGACAUAAUUCGCAUGAAAAUCAUUACAAAAAUCUGUUCAUUGAAUUGUCGGCCAUCGGUUCCGGAGGUUUUGGGACUGUAUUUAAAGUGAAGCACAAAAUCGAUGAACACAUAUAUGCCGUCAAAAGAGUCCAAAUUAAAGACUUUUCUGAGGAAUACUUACAACGAGUCUAUAAUGAAGUGAAAACAUUAGGAAAACUAAGUCCAGAAUAUUGUGUUCAGUAUUACAACUCAUGGCCUGAAAGCAAACACCUUUACAUUCAAAUGGAGUUCUGUUCACAGAAUCUGCGGAAUAUUGUUGAAGUGAAACCACAAGUAUUUGGUCGACAAUUAGGAGAAGCCAUGGAUUGUGUC